AUGAAAAAUGUCUCUGCAGUUUUUGGGGCAGAAGUCAUGGCAUCCAGCCAGCAAAGCCAACCAGAAGCGCGUGUGGUCGCGGAACAGCAGGCAAAAGAAAGAGAAAAGUGUGAACUUGAAAAGGCGAAGGAAUUGCGCAAGGCAGUCGAGUUGCAACGGGUUCAACAAUUUGCUGCUGAAGCUGGGGACGUCAAUGCCGCUCGUCUCGCUGACAGUGCACAGGUGAGUUUCCUGUACACUGUUCCCCCAGGACUUUCGGAAGCAAAAGAAAAGCUUGAAAAAAAGAGACAGACCGAAGAGGACGAAGCCGUCCGUGAAUUUCGUCGCAAAGCUGAAAGACGAGGCGAUCUGCAACGCUCUAAGCUUGAGCGAUAUGUUGGACGUCGAGCUGAGGAAACGCUCACGAUCAAAGAUCAAGUGGAACGUUUCCCUUUACUCAAAGGUGCUCCAGUAGAGGGCAAGUAUACUGAGACGAUCAAGGUUAACUUCAAUCCAAUGGGAGUUAGGCUACGCAACGUGCGGUGCAUUCGAUGCGGUAAAUGGGGACAUUUAAGUGGAGACAGAGAAUGCAAGUUGCGGGACCAAAAUCCAAACGAUGCCACGAGGCAGCGAUGGGAGGACCCCAUGACAGAAAUAGAGAAACUUAAGUUGGCUAAGCAAGACCACGUGUUGAAGCAAGGAUUGUUGCCUACAGAGAUGCAAGCGGAACAAGAUUUUACGAUUCUGCAAUCAGAUGAUGAAGAUGUCGAGGCUGCCGAAAUCGCAAUGUUGGCGACUUUAUUUACAAAACCAGAGAGAAGACGGACUAAAAAAUGGAAGAAAGCGUUGCGAGACGAAUCGGGUAGCGAUAGUGGCACAGAUUCAUGUGCUCGUAGUCAUCGACAAAAGAAAAAGACAAGCAAGCACAAACGAAAGCGUAAACGCAAGCAUCGAUCAAAAAGUUUAUCUGACGACGAUUAUGAUAAGCACAGAAGCAGUUCUCGUCGACGACAAAGUUAA